AUGGACACCGUAAUCGAGCAUGGGGGAGUCGAAGUCGUCCUCCAGCUGAACGACUGGCGCAAGUCUCGACGUCUCCAGAUCCAGGUGUUCGGAUGCUACCUUCUAUUUACGUUGUUUGGCCUUGGUGAGCAGACGUUGGGCACCCUCAUCCCCAAGCUCCAAGAAUACUACCAUUUGAACGAUUUAACCAUGUCCAUGACCUACGUGUUGGUGAUGAUGGGCUAUUUCACCAUGGCAGCGGUCAAUGAGGCCACUCACAAUCGGGUGGGUGUCCGGGGAAUGGUGACAUUGGGGAUAUCGUUUCUCGUGGCGCUGUACCUUGUGGUGCUGUUGCGCCCACCCCAUUGGCUCUUUCUCCUAUCAUACAUGUUCAUCGGCUGUGGGUUUGGUGGGCUUGAUGCUGGGGUGAAUGGGUGGAUGGGUGAGCUUGUGGAUGCUAACCAAUUGUUGGGGAUAUUACACGGGUGCUAUGGGCUUGGGUGUAUGAUUCUGCCUCCCUUGGUGACGUAUUUGAUCCACCACACCUCAUGGCAAUGGAAUGAUUAUUAUCUUGUACUUGCACUCAUCGCCAGUAUUGCGCUGAUUGUGACGCUGAUCAGCUUCAAGUAUGAGACCCCUGCCAAAUUUGACUAUAUGCGCAAGCAAAAAGGCGUCAACGAAGAUCCCCCGACAAUUCUCGAUAUUUUUAAACUGAAAAUGGCCAUGUUAGUGGCGUUGGCUCUCUUUUUGUAUGUCGGGGCCGAAGUAGCCUUUGGCCAAUGGCUUGUUUCCUUCUUGCUCCGAGCGAAAGGGUUACUGUACCCGAUAGCAUCAUGGAUGGCGACCUCAUUUUGGGCGGGAUUAACUGUUGGCCGGAUGACACUUGGUUUUGUCACUGCCCACUACUUUACCAGUGCUACUAAAGCCAACAUGUUUUACAUUUUCACGCAAACGGUGCUUAUGGCGAUGUUCUUGGGGAUUCAAUUCCUUGCCACCCACCCCAAUGGGUUCGUGAUAUCGCUUGACUUCGUAAUGGUGUUUAUCACUGGGAUAUUUGUGGGGCCGGUAUUCCCCACUGUCAUCAUGAGCAUCUAUGAAGUAUUGCCGGCAUCCAUGCAUACAGGGGCAAUGGGAUUUAUUUGUGCCUUCGGUGGUGGUGGCGGUGCGGUGAUCCCGUUUGUGGUAGGGCUCGUCUCCAAACUGUCAAAUAAGGGGAUUUCCACAAUGCCAACGAUCAUUACGCUCACCAUGGCGACGUUGACGUUAUUGUGGUUCUACAUCCUCCGUAAAUCUAAGCUUUAG